CGCGGCGGGCACUCGCCCAGUACCUGCGCCUUCUACGGCUCUACCCGGUGCUCACCAAGGCGGCCACCAGAGGUGACAUUUGAGCAGUGGCCUGGAUGAAUGGAGCAACCAACCAUGUAAAGAACGUAAACAGAAACUACCAGCCGAGGAACAGCCACAGGAAACAGCCAGUGCCAAGGCCUGAGGGAGAAGCAAGGGAUAGAAAGAAGAAGGUCUGUGCUCUGGAAGAAUGCACAGUGAGCAAGAGAGUGAUGUGCAAGGAAAGUGGUUUUUUGUCUGCACUUGGCAACUUCCUGGCCCAGAUGAUUGAGAAGAAGCGGAAAAAAGAAAACUCCCAAGAUCUUGAUGUGAGUGGGCCUCUCAGAUAUGCCAUUUAUGGGUUCUUCUUCACAGGGCCACUGAGUCACUUCUUCUACGUCUUCAUGGAGCACUGGAUCCCCCCCGAGGUCCCUCUGGCCGGUGUCAAGAGGCUGCUGCUGGACCGCCUCCUCUUCGCCCCAGCCUUCCUGCUGCUCUUCUUCUUCAUCAUGAACGUUCUGGAGAGAAAAGACAUGGCCACCUUUUCUAUGAAGGUGAGAAGAGGCUUCUGGCCAGCACUGCAGAUGAACUGGAAAGUGUGGACACCCAUCCAGUUUAUCAACGUCAACUAUGUCCCUGUGCAGUUCCGGGUGCUUUUUGCCAAUCUGGUGGCUCUGUUCUGGUAUGCCUACCUGGCUUCUCUGGGCAAGUGAAGUUGGCCUGGGGAGAACGACGGAAGCUCUGAGGGCCAUUCUCAACCCCUCAAUGUCUGAGAGCAGAAUCAAGAGUCAGCAGUCUCCCUGAGUUGAAAUCCUAUGAAGAAAAAAAAAAAAAAAUCCUAUGACCCCAGAUGCCCUAAAGUGACGGGCAGAGAACUAGAAAUCUUUUAAAGUUGGAGUCACAUGCUUAGAAAAAUGCAGUAGCCGAUUCUAAGUGGUGCUGCCCUUGAAGUGUAGAUUCCACCCCGUGACUUCAAACAACCUUGAAUUGAGCCAGGAUCACAAUAAACUGAAACACAGAGGC